GUGGGGCGCGCGUAGGCGGAGCGGCGCGCGCCGCGGUCAGCUGACUGCUCGGCUGGCACGUGACUUGCUCUGUGGCCGCUGGGUCGGGGAAGCAGUGAGUCUGGAGCUAAGGUCGGGAAGGGAUGGAGCGCUGAGCCGUUAGCGUCUGCCUGGCUGCCUGCCUCCGCACCUGUUACUGCUGCUACUUCCUCCUUUGACACCUUCCUGGAAUCUCUCUUGAUUUUUGAGGAAAUACCCAGUAACAAACAUGACUGAGUUCUGGCUUAUAUCUGCUCCUGGGGAGAAAACCUGUCAGCAAACAUGGGAGAAACUGCACGCGGCAACUUCAAAGAACAAUAAUCUUGCUGUCUCUUCCAAGUUCAAUAUUCCUGACUUAAAGGUUGGCACACUGGAUGUCUUGGUUGGCUUGUCAGAUGAACUGGCUAAACUGGAUGCAUUUGUAGAAGGAGUGGUUAAGAAAGUGGCUCAAUACAUGGCUGAUGUACUAGAAGACAGCAAAGACAAAGUUCAAGAGAAUCUGUUGGCUAAUGGAGUGGACUUGGUUACUUAUAUAACAAGGUUCCAGUGGGACAUGGCCAAAUAUCCAAUCAAGCAGUCCCUGAAAAAUAUUUCUGAAAUAAUUGCCAAGGGAGUAACUCAGAUUGAUAAUGACCUGAAAUCUCGAGCAUCUGCAUACAAUAACCUGAAAGGAAAUCUUCAGAAUUUGGAAAGAAAGAAUGCAGGAAGUUUGCUAACUAGAAGUCUAGCAGAAAUUGUGAAGAAGGAUGACUUUGUUCUUGAUUCAGAGUAUCUUGUCACAUUACUGGUAGUAGUGCCCAAGUUAAACCACAAUGACUGGAUUAAGCAGUAUGAAACACUAGCGGAAAUGGUAGUUCCAAGGUCUAGCAAUGUUCUCUCAGAGGACCAAGAUAGUUACCUGUGUAAUGUCACCUUGUUUAGGAAGGCAGUUGAUGACUUCAGACACAAAGCCAGGGAAAACAAAUUCAUUGUUCGUGACUUCCAGUAUAAUGAAGAGGAGAUGAAAGCAGAUAAAGAAGAAAUGAACAGGCUUUCUACUGAUAAGAAAAAACAAUUUGGACCACUUGUACGGUGGCUGAAAGUGAAUUUUAGUGAAGCGUUUAUUGCAUGGAUUCAUGUGAAAGCAUUACGGGUUUUUGUUGAGUCUGUUUUAAGGUAUGGCUUGCCAGUGAACUUCCAAGCAAUGCUCCUUCAGCCCAAUAAGAAAACUAUGAAGAAACUGAGAGAAGUAUUACAUGAAUUGUAUAAACAUCUAGACAGCAGUGCAGCAGCUAUUAUUGAUGCUCCUAUGGAUAUUCCAGGUUUAAACCUGAGUCAGCAAGAAUACUACCCCUAUGUGUACUACAAGAUUGAUUGCAACUUGCUGGAAUUCAAGUAAAAAUGGUCUCCUCCCCAGACAAUCCUGUCCUUGUGUUGGUGUGUGCUAACAGAAAUAAGUUGCAGUAUGGUCGUACUUUUAGCUCUAGAAUCCUUUGCUUGCUUCCUACCCCCUUUCCUAGGUGAAUUCUCCCACAGAGUGGUCUGUAUCUCAUUUUCUUUUUAAAGGAAAAAAAUAUAUAUAUAUAUUGUUUGUUCUUAUUGAUCAGGUCUGUAAAUGUGUACUAAAAAAAAAAAUCAGAGUUUAUUUAUAAACAGAAUAGUUUAUUUAAAGGUCUUUUCCUUAUUGAUAUCAUGGUAUGCAUUAAUUCCAUUUGUUACUAUUGUACACAAAAGCCUUGUUUACAAGGGAAUGGUGUAAACAUUUAUACUGUUUUGUUCACUGUGUUUAGUAGACAUAACUGUUGAAUAGUUAUUGAAUCGUGAUGUAAAGAAUAUGUGACAAUAUGCAGGUAUGGGCUUUCUGAAUGUUUCAAAUUUCAAUCAAUGAGCACUGUCAACACCCACAGGAGAGAAUAAAAUUACCUGUGCAAAGGUGUGUUGUGGUGUGUGUAACUUAAGAUUACAGUUCAGUUUGAGAGUUUAAUAAAUGAUGUCAUAGCUAACUUGCUAUGCUGCUUCCAGGAUUUUGUUAUAUGCUGAGGUGUAACCAUUUGUGUUGUCUGACUUUCAUAUGAUUUAAUUGAGCCAAAUUUGGGUCAGAACACAAAUUUGAGGAUUAUUUUUCAGUAUAUGACGGGUAUUUACAUUUGAACACUAGACUUUUAGUUCUCUCAAAUAAUUGAGAAGUAGGGCCAGUUUGGGAUAAAGUCUAGCAGAACUAUGCAGCUUUAGUCAUUUGCUUUGUCUAAAUCCGCAUUUUACAUGUUUUCUUCUUAAGAUCUAUAAUUUUGGCAUUUAUAUCAUUUAUGACAUAGUCUGAAAAUAGAGACAUUGCUGGCCUUUAGUCUCAGAAAUGAAUGACUUAGUUUAGUGUCCUGAAAGAGCUUUUAAAAGAGGAUUUUGUGGCAAUGCUCUUCCCUUACUGUGCACUCACAGGUUUACAAAUGGGAAAAAGAAGUUUACAUUUCAAUUUAGGGGCAUCUCUAAGCUAUGCUAUUCCCUUUAGAAAAUUAGCCUCCAAAAUUUUUUAUUUCAACAUUUAAUAUUAUUUCAUGAAUAACUUCAGACAAAUACAGAUGUCCACAACGUAGAACAUGAGAGAUCCCCUCCCCCAAUUUCCACCUCCCAAGGGAAGUUUAUAUAUUUUUCUAGGUCCUUUUCUAUCUUUACAUCUUUCUCUCUCUCUCUCCCUCUUUCUUUCUCUCUCUCACAUAUACACACGCAGAACUUAUUUUUAAUGAAACAGGAUUAUACUAUACACAUCCUGUCACUUGCUUUUUUUUUUUUGCUUAAUAGUAUCCUUAAGGUAACCUUUUAUGUCAGUGAAGCUAGAGCUACCUCAUUCUUUUAACCGGCUGCAUGGUAUUCCAUUGAGUGUCUGCCAUCAGCCGAGUGAUAGUCUGCUUGUUUUAGUUUUUGCUCUUAACAAACACUGCUGCGGUCAGGAUCCUUGCACAGAUUUCUUUGUAUACUUGUGUUAGUAUUUCUGUAAGAUCCCAGAAUUGGAAUUUGUAGGAUCAUAGGUUAUGUACAUUUAAGUUUUUGACACUCACUGCCAAGUCAUCUGUCAGAAUUCUAAAUUAAAGACAUGUUUGGAAUGUGGAUUUAUCUUCAGUUUUUCCUUGGACAAGAGGAAGCUGUGAAAAAUUUUGAUAUCAGAAAAUUGUGGUUUUUUGUCUUCUUUUGCACAUUCUUUGAGUCUUAGUUUCUGUAACAUGGGGCUACUCUCUCUAUCAUAGGGAGGUAUGUUUUGACAAUAAAUUGACUUUUAAGAAAAGCUUGUCACUAACCUGAAGCUCAGCCACACAGUGACUUUUAAGGUUUUAGACUUUACUGUUGUUCUCAUGAGAAUAGGUAGAGACUGUGUAAGGUUUAAAAUCCCAGCAUAUGUUUGAAACUACGGGACUUUCACUGUGAUUUCCACCAGGGAAAUUAUAGCAGAGUGGCUGAGCUUGUGUUCCUAGGCCAGGCCCUAACUCUGCUGCUGAUGAGCUUUGUGGUCCUGGGCAGAGUGAUGUCCGAUUUCCAGUCCCUCCUCUCUAAAAUGGGCAUGAUUAGAGUGCCCGCCUCAUUAGGGACAUUGAGGUGAGUCAGUGCGAUUCCAUGUGCCAGAAAGUGCUGUGAGUGGUGCCUGGUGAGAGGCUGGUGCAGGUACUUAGCCCUUGGGGAACACAUGUAGUUCCUUUUCACUAUGUUUAAUUUGGGAAAUUCCAGGUCCACAUCAUUGUAGCGUCUGAAGGUUGGAAGGAAUUCAUUGUGUUUAACAUAACAUUAGAGCAGUUUGUGUCACCGAGCUCCAGUCUGUGCUGGAUUAUUGAUAUUGUUGGUGACGGUCACCAUUCCUAGGAAGGGACUGUCCCAGGCCACUUGCCUUCCCCAGGAGUCUGCUGGUUCUCCUCAAGGAUAGUGCUCAGAUAACAGACUCAUUGACAUUUACUGAGCGUCUGUCAGGGACCAUUCACAGCCACAUCGUCCUCUCGGCCCCUCCCUGAGUUGUUAUGGUGGGAGGACUGGUGGUCCCCAUUUGAAUGUAUGGAGACUUAAGGUCAAAGAAGUGAAUUCUUUGCUGGGUCACAAAUUUUGAGCCGGUCAGAAUUUGAACCUAAGGUUUCUGACUGCUGGGUGUCAUACUUGCCUACCUAUACUCACUAUUGUGUGAAUGAGCCAGACACGUUCCUUGACCUGAGUCCGAGAUGGACAAUGGCAUAGGAAAGUUGCUAGAUAUGGAGAAUCAGAUGUUAACUUGUGUUGCUAUUGUUUUUUGUUUUGUUUUGUUUUUGUUUUUGAGACAAGGUUUCACUGUCACCCAGGGUGGAGUGCAGUGGCACGAUCAGGGCUUACCGCAGCCUCAGCCUCGACUUCCCAGACUCAAGCAAUCCUCCACCUCAGCCUCCCCAGGCAGCUGGGCCUACAGGUGUGCGCUACCGUGCCUGGCCAAUUAUUUUGAAUUUUAGCACAGAUGAGGUCUCAAUAUGUUGCCUGGGCUGGUCUCGAACUCCUGAGCUCAAGGGAUCCUCCUGCCUCAGCCUCCCAAAGUGCUGGAAUUACAAACAAGCGUGAGCCAUUGCGCCUGGCCUGUGUUGCUAUUAUAUUUAUAGGAACCCAGGAGUCCAGAACGCUUCAUCUAUGAUGGGUUAGAUAAUGUGUCUAGUUGUUUGCAUGCUAAUGUCAGUAGCCUCAGCUAUUCAACCUAGGAGAGUUUUCUACCUCUCACACUACCCUGCUGAAGUUGUUCUUCAGCAGAAAAUCUUUGUGGAACAUAGUGCAGCUUUUUGAAUGAGUACAUAUCCAGUAGUACCCUUUAAGUAAUGCUUUGUAUACAAAUACUUAGCAAAUGUCAACCUUUAUUUGCUCUUACUUCAAAAUUAAAUAGUCCCAAAUGUUGGAAAUAAAAUAAAAGACAUUGGUCUAGAUAUGAGGUUUUUCUCCUUCAUUCUCAGCUGUCCUUUAAGAAGAAAUCAAAGUAGCAUAUACACAAGUUUAAAAACCACAUACAAAUACUGUAGAACAGCUUAUAACGAAAACCUUGCCUGCCUUUAUAAAAAAUGUGAUUAUCUUCUGUUAACGUCAAUAAAAGAUGGUUUGUCCUAGAAGGUCAAUAAAUGGUAUUAUGUUCUAGAGGAAACCUAGUAAAAGCUUUCCUAAUUUAGUACAUGUCUCUAAAUUGAUGUUCACCCAUUUCGAUAUUGUAGACUUAUUCAUGGUCUUUAUUUUUCUAGCAUAGAUAACAAUUGAUGCUUUAGAUUGAUAUAUGCAGGUAAUUCUUGCUUUCUAAAAAAAGGAAUAUGUGGCACAUUGGAACCACUUUAUUCACCAGCGGAUUUGCCCUUAGAGUAUUUUUUGAUCUGAGCUGAUGGCUUGUGAGAGAAAAAGGCAGCAGAGUAAAGCCGUGGAGGCCAUGAACAGUGAGAGACUGCCUCCUGGCCUUGUUGCUGGUGCAGAAGAUGACACUGAGGAGAAACAAGACAACAUCCUUCACACCAGGAAUGGCCAAGAUAAUGCAAGAAGAAGAAAGCUUUAAAACAAUCCAGAAGGCAGUCAGCAAACACAAAGGGGGACAUUCCUUCCCUGGCAGUUGCUCAAAACUGAAAUUGGUUAUUUAUUAUGUACACCGGGGCUUGUACUUGGGGAAUUUAAUAAAAAUGCUCAUUACCAAAC